AUGUUUACGUUCAUCGACCACGAUGAUGACCUGAGCUCCAAAAGAAUUAGAGACGCCAAUGCCCGUAAAGCCAUCCGUUCUCAUGUCAUGCGAGAUGUGCGCAGACGCGAGCGACUUGCUGGACUGAAGAGAACCUCGAAGCGCGAGACUCGUCCAAAGCAAACGGAAUCAUCAUCAGCAAUCAUCCCGAUGCAUUCUGAAAGCGCAGCGUCAGCAUAUCUGCUGGGCGCAGAAUCUGCCUCUCCGUCUUCCGCGGCGUCUUCACUACCAGAUACUGAAGUUGCUUUCGGUCGUCUUAACUCUCAACAGGGAAGAUGGCGGCCAACGGUAUGGAGAGCUGGUCAUUUGGUACCACCGACCCCUGCCCCCAGUCCCUUAGCUUUCCCGCCGUCGUGGCUCCUUGAUCCAUUUGAUACAUUGCCGGGUGCUGGUGAGACCCCAUCAAUGGUUGCCCGUCUCGUAUUCUAUUGGAAGUCCGUCUUUGUCCCGAUGACAUUCCCCGAGGAGUACAAGGUUGCCGAACAGGCAGAGACCGAAUUGAUGGUCAAGUCAUCGUUCUCCGACCCGGGAAGUUUCUAUGGCCUAAUGACAAUGUGCGCCGCUCACCGAGCUGUUUUGUCUGGCCGCCACAUCGACUUUCAUGCAUUGGAUAAUCCUCGCCCAAGUGGGUUUGAUGCGGAUUACUAUACCAUGAAAGGAAGAUGUAUUCGUGAAAUGAACACCAAAAUGCGUGACUCCACUCGCACCCUGAGCGAUGCUGCGUUCGACACAAUCGUCAAUUUGAUUACAAGCGCCUUGAUCAUAGGAUUGUUUGAUGAGGCCCGAAUACAUCUGGCAGGAUUGAAACGUAUGGUUGAAUUGCGUGGGGGCCUUAUGGCUGAGAGUAUCCACAGAUCCACGAUGCUGGUAGCAAUCAUCACAGCCGAUGUCAAGUCAGCCGCUGGGCUCAUGGUCAAGCCAAUAUUUCCCUUGCCUUGGGAUUCUCGGCCGGUGUCGUCCAGUAUACAAGAACGAAUCAGGCCACCAGCCUCAUCUGUGCUAACAAGGCUGGGGAGCGCCCUCCUUGCCAAUCCUCUGCUCAGCCUGCCUCUACUGAGAGUUCUGCAUGUGAUGCGUGACAUAGUACUUUACAGCCAGACGUACAGAGAAAGUCCUGCUUCGUUUCAUCCUGGGGACCAUGAUUUCUUUCGUGUCCUCAAUUGCGAAAUCGAACACCGACUCCUUAGUUAUAUAUAUACCGAUUUCCGCAGUGGCGGCGUGCCAUCGGCAACAGAGCUAGACGUUCAUCCUGUCGAGGCCGUCACCAGAGUCGCUUCUAUCUGCUUUCUCAAUCAAUUUCUUAUAGUAUCACCGCCCUCGAGUGGAAUGGCUCGUGCGCUUACAAAGCACUUGAAGGUGGCUGUGAGCAGCUGCUUCUUAUCCCUCCAGUCAAAUACGCCUAAAGAUGUAUAUGGACUCCUCGCCUGGGCGUUGUGCAUUGGGGCGCAAGCCUCCAUGGGACAGGCCGAACGUCCAUGGUUCGUUGCUCGACUUGCUCAACUGGCAGUAACCUGUGACUGGCAGACCUGGGACCAGUUCGCGAACGUGUUGGUUGAUUACUUCUAUCUUCCUGGUGUCCAUGAGAUCAGUUGGCAAUCCGCUUGGGGAGAGACUGCAAUUGGGCGGCCAGGUCGAUCAGGACGUGGACGUUGA